CUCCCGCUGCCGCCGCCCGGGCCGGGACUGAGGAGCGCCCGCCCCGCAGACGGGGACUCCGCGGAGUGCGGCCGCGGCCGGGCCGUGAGGGGCCGGAGGGCCGUCUGAAGGGCGAAGGGUGCCGGCUGCGGUGCUCGGGGUUGCGGUGCUCGGGGUUGCAGUUCCGCCGGCAGCGCUCAGCUCGGGAAGAUGUGCUGCGUUGUUUCAUGUGGAAGGUGCUUGCGCGCGUACCGUAACGGCAGCAAAGCUGUCUGCCUUGUGUCUGCAACCAGAGGCACUACGGGUUCAGUACUUUCUUGCAUAAGCAUUAAUAAAAUUUUACAUGGCUGCGUUGUUUUGUCUGCACUCCGAUUCACCAUACAAAAUCCAUGUAUUUUUUCUGCUUUGUGUGUGUGUGCCCAUGUGCCUUACAGACCACGCGCUGUUCUGUUCCUGCUUCCAGGAGGACGCUUUGCUGACCCUUGAGCUCACUGUUCGCUCGCCCCUUUGCUCACACGUGGGCACGUACCCACACACUGCCUCGCAGUAUAAAACAGGGCACUGCAAAUACUCGAAUGUGUUCUGUGGAGCAUUUUCCAUAAAGAUACUGAACAAUCUCUCAGUAGCUCGGGCUCUGCAGCAGCAUUUCAGUGAGUGCAGCAUGGUGAGCAGUCAUGGCUCUGUAUUUUGGUCAUAAAAACAGCACUGGUACUGAGUGCAGACACGGUGAAGGAAAGGAAAGCAAUCCGCAUGGCUUACUCUGAUAAUCCUCUGAAAGUAAAUUGGCCCUGCUCUAAUCAACAGAGUGGUGGAAGAAAAAGUGAAAUCAUUUUGCUUCCAGGAUAAUAGAUGCCAAAUGCCAGCAGCUUUCCCUUCUGUGUUUCAGCGUACCACUGGUUUCUGAUCCAUGCAUGGUUCUUAUGCUGCACCUUCAUUCUUGUUUUGGUCAGGAAAACAAAAAAAUCCAAGCCUGCUUUAAUUAACGAAGUCUAGUUUUACCUGGCUUGCCCUGUUGUGAUAGUCCAGUUUAAAAUGUCACCCACUCUGCCCUGCACAGAAAAACAGCGCGGUAACGUUCCUUCUCUGUGUUGGUGAGCAUGACUUAUGCUGCUCCUUUGUAAGGGUGGACGGCCAGACCCCAGACUGGGAAGGCCAGGGGAUGCACUGUGAGCAUGUCACUUUGUUUUGAAGCAGUCUUGUUUUAGAAAUACUACUGCAUUCCGUUCUAAUUUUCCAGAGCCCCCUAAUCUUCUUGCAGGCUCUUAAUGAUGUAGUCGAUAAUAGGAUUGUCGGUAUUAAUUUGGAACAAUAAUGCCAGCUGCUUGCUUGGUGGCGAUUGGCAGAGGGGUGACCUUGCAGGUCAGCUAAGCAGAACUGGAAGUGCUUUGAUCUGAUCUAUACAGAGCGAGGUCUGUUCCUCUCCAACAAGAGGAGCGAGUGGAUUCUCCCUCCAUGGGAUGCUGAUUCCUCUCCAAGGAGCACGGAGGACACCAUGGCGGUGGCUUUGGAUGCGAUCCUCGCUCGGAUCAAGGAUGUUUGUAAAAGGAAUGGUUUGCUCAUCCUCUCGGUGUUGUCGGUCACCAUUGGCUGUCUCCUUGGGUUCUUCCUCAGGACGAGGCGGCUCUCCCAGCAGGAAAUCAGUUAUUUCCAGUUUCCCGGUGAGUUACUGAUGAGGAUGCUGAAAAUGUUGAUUCUCCCCCUGGUUGUCUCAAGCUUAAUGUCUGGGCUAGCAGCCCUGGAUGCCAAGACUUCCAGUCGAUUGGGUAUCAUAACUGUCACUUAUUACCUGUGGACAACAUUUGUAGCUGUGAUUGUGGGAAUAAUUAUGGUCUCCAUCAUCCAUCCUGGUGGGGCAGCACAGAAGGAGAGCACUGAGGAGGGUGGAAAGCCCAUCAUGAGCUCUGCAGAUGCACUGCUGGACUUAAUCCGGAACAUGUUUCCAGCCAACCUUGUUGAAGCCACAUUCAAGCAGUACCGCACAAAGAGUAUUCCCAUCAUUAAAGCUAACAAAGCAUCAUCUGAAAGCACAACUCAUCGCAUUAUAAUAUAUGGAGUCCAAGAUGAGAAUGGAUCCAAUGUCCAGAAUUUUGCCUUGGACAUCACUCCUCCACCUGAAGUGAUUUACAAAUCAGAACCAGGCACUAGUGAUGGCAUGAAUGUGCUAGGGAUUGUCAUAUUCUCUGCAACAAUGGGUAUAAUGUUGGGAAGAAUGGGAAACAGUGGUGUUCCUUUGGUCAGCUUUUGUCAGUGUUUAAAUGAAUCUGUCAUGAAGAUAGUGGCAGUUGCUGUUUGGUACUUUCCAUUUGGAAUUGUGUUUCUAAUUGCUGGUAAAAUCUUAGAAAUGGAUGACCCUUCAGCCAUUGGGAAGAAACUGGGGUUUUACGCCAUUACUGUAGUGUGUGGUCUGGUUGUGCACGGCCUGUUCAUUCUGCCAAUGAUGUACUUCUUUAUCACCAAGAAGAAUCCUAUUGUCUUUAUCAGAGGGAUUCUUCAAGCCUUGCUUAUUGCUCUGGCCACCUCCUCCAGUUCAGCCACGCUGCCUAUCACAUUCAAGUGCUUGCUGGAGAACAACCACGUGGACAGGAGGAUUGCAAGGUUCGUGCUGCCUGUGGGAGCCACCAUCAACAUGGAUGGGACUGCACUCUAUGAAGCAGUGGCUGCCAUCUUCAUUGCACAAGUAAACAACUAUGAGCUGGAUUUUGGGCAAAUUAUUACUAUAAGCAUCACAGCGACAGCUGCCAGCAUAGGAGCUGCUGGUAUCCCCCAGGCUGGCCUGGUGACAAUGGUCAUUGUCCUGACCUCAGUUGGACUCCCAACAGAUGACAUCACACUGAUCAUUGCUGUUGACUGGGCACUAGACCGGUUUAGAACAAUGAUCAACGUCCUGGGAGAUGCCCUGGCUGCAGGGAUUAUGGCCCACAUCUGCCGGAAGGAGUUCAUCAAGGAUGGUGAUGAGGUGCCAUUGAUCUGUGAGACUAAACCUCUUAACAUCCACCCGAUUGUGGCUUACCAGAGAAACGGCUGUGUGAAGACCAUGAAUGAGCCUCGUGGACCAGAAACAGUGAAGGAGUUAGAGCAACACAUACCUGUACAAGUGGAGCAAGAAGAAAGCCCAGUGGAGAACCACACUAAGAAAUCCAACAGUAAAGACCACUGCACUAUUGAAAUAAAUGAACUAGAAACGAAUGUGUAACUGCUACACACAGUGGUAUCUCAUACCCCAGUGACCCAAUCUCUACCUCACAGCUGGAAGAGGGACUCUUUGCCUUGAACAGAAAAACGUGGAAUUCUCACCACUCUGCUUGUACCGGAGCAAGGGGACCAGCUGUGAACGUCAGGAAAGGCACACAGCUUGCAAGAGACACGGGCUUCUUUAGGUGGAAGAUUUCAAUACUGAAAAAAUAACUAAUGGAUGGCUGCUGUUUUAUUCUGCACUCAUUUGACUCCACUAUAGUAUUUGACACUCCUUUGGCUUCGUUUUUUUAAUUAUUUUUUUUUUAUUUGUCCCUUUCUGGUUUUCUAACCAAAGCCUUUUUUGUGAAUCUGAGUAAUUGCAAACACUGUAUUUAUAUCUCUUUUUUGCUCUGUAAAAAUGUUUCACCAAAACUACUAAAGAAACUAAUUUUGUCUAGGAUUCUUUAACUACAGACUUUGUGUUUAGUUUUAGAACAGCUGUAAGAAAAUCACACUGAUUUCCUGAUCUCAAAAUGUUGUACAUAUGACCAAACAACACCUCAAGCCAAGGUGAAGCAAAGUCUACAUUUUUGCAAGCGAGCACAGCAAGGUAAUUCCGAGGGGCAGCUUUCAGAGACAGGCAUUCAAGUGUGAUACGUAACACCGCGAUCCUAAGUCACUGAAAAGCACAGUUUGCCUUCCAAGUGCCAGAUUUGUUAACCUUUUUUUAACCUAGCUCUUCAGUAGAUUCAGUACCAUGCACACACAGUGGCAGAGGCAGUGUGAGCCCAAAUCCAUAAGCACUGGUGCUAAUGUAUCCUCCCCUGCAGCCCAUAGGCCCUUCUGUGUAAAUAUGUACCAAUUUGAAGCUCGAGCUCUUGAACUGUACGCUUCAUACUAAGGGCAGACCAAACUCAAACUAGAACACCAUGCUGACUAACAUUGGGGUUUUGUGGGGAGUCUCCUGGGGAAACUGGACUGCUAUUUUUCGUGAUUCAGUGGUCAAACUACAUUGAAAGUUAUAUCCCUUGCAUAAUCUACUGAAUCGGUUACAAUAAAAUCUGCUGUUUCCAAUGUUUGUGAUAGAGAACAUUUUUAAUAAACUUGCCGUUUCAAAACCAGGCUGUCUGUGCACUUCUACCAUUGGUGCCUUCUUUCUCUUCCAAAAAGAACAGGGGAAGUGAGGAGACCUUUUUAAAAUUGGAGGUUGAUCCAGAGAUUACAUACCAGUUCCUACCAAGACACUUGACAUAUUACAUGUAGCUGCUUAGGACAGGUCAGUUUCAGAUAACACGUGCUUGCUAUUCUAAUACUCUUCUCCCACCUACAGCAAAAAAGAACCCAGUCAAAAAGGACAAUGCCUACACUUGCCAGAAGUAGGAAUGAUUCAUUCACAUGAUUAGUGGUUUUCCUGGCAUGUGCAUAUUCACUUCUUUGAGGGGUCCUUGUUCAGAAAAUUCUUUUCCUACACACUAAUUAGUUACUUCAGAUGGCUGUAGUGUAGAGGUAGCUUAAAUUUCAAAUGGUGAAGCCAGAACCAACAAAUACAUUUUAUUUGCCCAUAAUUCCAGAGGUCCAAGUCCCCGUUGCUUUCACAAGGUCUGACCUUGAGACUUGCUUCUUUUUUGUCCAUUUCAAAACAGCGUAUGCCACCAUUCAGCAGUUUCCCAUCACAAAGGGGGAGAUUUGUAGAUUGUAGCAGCAAUACAAUUAAUACAGUUGUUUUUGUUGUGUAUGGACACUUUGCAAGAGGCCUCUUACACAAUUUCACUGCUGAUGUGCCCUCUGCCCAAUUUGUAUUUUGCACAAACGCCCAUCCCUCACAUCCCAGUGCAGUCACUCCUCCUGGUUGCUUGUUAAAUAAUCACUUUUUGUUUGCUCAGAGCUUUUCAGACAGUUGUCAGGUACUCAAGGCAAUUAAUCUGUAAUCAAGAGGUGUCCAACUUUAAUAGAAAUUAUGGUAACUAUUUUCCUGAUUGAUCCUAGAGUGAAGAACAAUGAACACAGAACAUGUAGAAUAAAAAAAACCUGACAUUAUUCAGAACAAUUUGCUCUGAAGAAGCCCUGUAAUGCACCUGCUCUGCAGUGCCAUUAAAAUGUGUGAUUUCAGGGGGCUGAAGCUCUCUGAGUGGGCAGCAGCACCAGCCAGCAGACAGCAUCUUGCUUUGACCUCAGCCUCCCCAGGUCUCCCCUCCUCCCCAGCUGUACAGACCCAACUAGUUAGGAGGCCAGAUGAAUAAGCAGAUGAAGAGCAGUUUUAAUUCAAACCAGUUCACAUAUGUUUUUAGUGCAGUCCUAACAAACAGUUGUGUCAACACAAGUGGAGGGGUGACACAGGGACAGGAACAAGCAGACAGGGAUGAAGCAGUGUAAGCUCACGUGGAGAGGGCAGGAUCUCUGCACACUGGCUGUGCCAGCACUGUCACUUUACAGUCACUUUGAAUGGAGAGAAAUGAUGAAGAAAGGCCAUGUAGAUCCAAGAUUUUAAAUACCUAGUUCCAAACGAGGAGAUUUUGGAUGGGUCUGCCCACACCCUGUGCCAAAGCACCUUGGUUUGCCAAGCGGAAAGUGCUGCCAGCCUUACCACCACCUUCCUCUCCAUCCACAUAUAACUUUUGGCUGACUGCAAAGUGCAAAUCCCUUUGCCUGCUUGCCUGAGCCAGUUAAUCCAGCGUGCCACCCUUUAGCAUAGGAACAUCUCCAGAUAUCCAAGCCAACUCCAGUGCAAAGGAGCUGUGUGACUUCUACAAGGUGAACUUCAGAUGGAUAAAUCAGCAACAGAAGCAGCUGUUUGUGGUGCACAAGCCCUGCACAAUACUGAAACCCACAGCUGUACCCCCUUCUACUCUUAUUUGGCAUGUAGGGAAUGGGAAGUCUCAUGUGUGAAGGGCAGUUUUAUGGAAUCAACAGGACAUUUUAAAAUUAGCCUUCUGCAUACAAACUCUAUUCACAGACUGUCCAGUUUUGCUUUGCAACUUUGAAAUGAAUUGUUACUUUAUAUUGUUUUAUAUAUAUCUGUCUUAAACUUCGGUUUUAUACCAAUACUUGCCUCCCAUUCAUCCUAAAAAUUAUGCCAAUUUAGCAGACUGCAGCACUUUAUUCUUCAUUCUGGUAAAUGUGUAUAUGCAGCUCAGCAUAGCAUGAACUUGACUGCAGCAUCUGACUGCUACUGCAGUCAUUCUGUGUUAUGAGACAUGAGACACUACUGUUAGCUGUACAGAAUCAAAGACUGAGGUUAUAGCAUUUUUUACUAUGAGCUUUCCUCCAUGUUUGCUGUUUUCUGUGUCUCAUGGUGUUUGUUGUCAAGCAGCUUGACACACGGUGCAAUUCGGCUAGCAGCAGGUUCCACAGCAUAUUUGCAUGUACAGAUCUGUUCAUAUUUUCCAGCUAUAACUGCACUUCAGUCCGAUAAAAAUAAUGGAGCUGCUGACCAUUGAGUUGGAGUGCAGGCUUCGUGCUGGUAAAUAUCUUUCUCCCACUGUCAGAGCAUAUAAGCAAGCACAUGACCCUCACAAACUCAAAACAUUUAUGUAAAAAUCAAUCAAUCACUAAUUACUACAGUUUGCAUGGAAUACAUUCAAGUACAUGUGGGAGGAACAUAUUUCUUAACUGGCAACAUUCAAUGGCAUUUUGAAGUUACCUCCCCCUGCUGAGAGGAAAGGGAACUUAGCUAUUAAAAGCAUACUCAUGACAGCCUAGGGAGCAUGCUGGAAGGAGAGAAGAAAAUGAAGAAGGAUGAUGUAUUAGAUACAGCUAUGGAAGGAAUAAUUGGAGAAAUUACCCAAAUUAACACAUAUUUAUCAGAGACGCUAGUUUUAUGUUGGUUCAUCUGCAGCUGCAUUAUUCUGGAGAUACUACUGAGAAGACAUGCUGCAGACUUGCGGUAUAAAAAUCAAAGACAUCCGAAAUCUGGUUUCUGAGGAUUUUGCCAACAUCCAGGAAGCUCUGAAGAGCCAAAUUUCUGUAAUGGAUCCUUGUGCAAAAAUUAGAACUGAGAGAAGAAGCCCCAGCCGGGGCACUCACACAUCCCACUGGCUCCUGGAGCUUCUGGUUGCCAGCUCAAA